AGCGAGAGACAGCUAGUAGGAAGUGCAGCCCUGUUGCCUCUGCUCUCCACUCAUCUCAUCAAUGCAGCUUUCAUUCUGCCUCAGAGGGCCAAGAUGGAGGCUGUACAAAAGGACCACUGGUACUUCAUGGUACUCCUCAUCUUUCUCUCCAGUCUCAAAGGUAUGGUUAUGGCACUUUUUGUUAUUUUAAUGAGUAAUGUUGAUAUAUAAAUAUACAUGUUUUGUAUACUUGUACAUUAUGGAUUAUAAAGCAGAGUACUUGAAAGUUGUUGGUUUAGCUUGGUAGGCUAUUUGUUGUCUUGCAUUUGGUAAAAAUUUAAGUUUACUGCUAAGUCUCAACAUGAAACAUUAUUACUGAAAUAUUCACCCCAAUGGGUUUUAGUAUUUAUUUAGUUGCUUGAAGAUUGCAUACCAUGAGCUGUUAGGAUUAAAACUACAAAGGCUGAUUCUGUUUGACUUCUCAUUGCCCUUAAUCUCUAUGCACGUCUCCAUAACAAUCAGACUGCGUUCAGACAUUCUCUCUUCAACUCUUAAUUAGGAGACUACAGUAACACCAACCAUCUCAUCAGCUUCUCAAACGUCCCUUUACUCUUACACACCCAGGACAGAGUCCAUGUUAAUGAGUUAGUCUUUAGACGGCCAGUGGGCAACGCUCCCUUAUUACCGUUACAUUUUAGUCAUUUAGCAGACGUUCUUAUCCAGAGCCACUUACAGUUAGUGAGUGCAUACAUUUUUCAUACUCUUACCUUAAUGGGACAAACCUGUCAGACUAGCUAUCUCUCCAAGGGAUUUUUUUUGUCUAGAUCGAGGUCUGAUUGAAGACUGACCUGUUUGAUCAUCAGCUAUUGCCAUUUCUGUUGAUUUGUGUGGGCUAAUAUUAUCCUAAUUAGUGAUAACCAGGGGAGAGACUCAAAAGAGGGAAAUGUAUGUGAUGUCUGCUUCAUCUUGAGCAGCUGACUACGUGAUGAGGGUUCUUCUUACAUGCUUUUCAUUCUGCUCUAUGCAGCAUUUCCAUGUCAAUUCCAGUGAUUAAUUAUUUUUACAUUAUAGUCAUUUAGCAGACGCUCUUAUCCAGAGCAACUUACAGUUAGUGAGUGCAUACAUUUUUCAUACUGGCCCGCCGUGGGAAACGAACCCACAACCCUAAACCCUGGCGUUGCAAGUGACAUGCUCUAGCAACUGAGCUACACAGGACCCAAAUAAUCUGAUUACCAAAAAAAAAAAUUAACUGGAGAUAACCUUAGGUCAGAAUUAUUUUCUUGGAAUGGCUCAUAUUCCUGAUGAACUGACCAGGUAAAAUUAGAUAAUGUAACACUGUACACGUAUGAAAACAUGCACUCUGCCAUGUCCAGUUUCUGUGCAGCAGAGAAAUGGUGUUACCACGGUGAAGCUGGAGGAGGGGAUGGUUCUAGGGUGUGUGUGUCCAUGGGAAGGGAACCUCAGCAUGGUCUCCUGGACCAAACUGAUCCGGUUUGAGAAGGCCCCUGUAGCCGUGUACCACCCUGAGUACGGAGUGUCCAUCUCCCAGUCCUACCAGACCAGGAUCCAAUUCCUGAAGACCACACCCAUGGACGGCAGUAUCACCAUCAGUAUGGUCACCCAGGAGGAUGCAGGGCUCUACCACUGCUCUGUUCAAACCUUUCCUAAAGGAUCCUGGGCCAGAGACAUAAGGGUGGAGGUGGAGGACACAGUGACUCUAGAGGAGGGUGAUGCAGGUAGUGAAGCAGGUACAGUCUAGGACUUCUUGUAUAUUUUCAUUUAGAAUAUGCUGUUUACACUUGAAAUAAUCGCGUUUGACUAGCUAGUACCAAAUGCUUUGACUCAUAAUCGUGAUUGUUUUCAUCAAUCCCAGAGUGUUAUUACUAUGCCCGUGCGAGUCUCAUCGAUGUCUAUUUAUUUGUUUUAUGUAAUAAAUCCUUUUGACAGUAACCUUCCAAAUGGUAAUUUAUUCAUAAACCUUUUUUUCCCCAUAUGUACUUGGAAACUAAGUGUUUAUUUCUUAGGCUUCAGGAAUGUGACUGAAAAAGUGUCCCAGCUCUUGAAUUUUUUUUUACAAAAUUAACUGAUUGAAUGUAUAAGGGGGAUAUUGGCGAACAAAUGCCGUGGUCAAGGCUACGACGGCGCCGGUGCAAUGAGUGGAGCUUUCUCAGGUGUUCAAAUCAGACCGAGAGCCUGUUUCUUAUGUAGGCCUAGUUCUUUGAGUUUUAGUUUAGAAAACGAUCUCUCCGCAGAAGCGGCAGUUACAGGGAUGGUAAAAACGGCUUGAUUGCCAUAGCAACAUCAGGGAACAUGGGCAGAAGGGAAGAGUGCUUCAAACACAGCAGUUCUGCAACAUCUUUCAUUGAGCCUAAAAUUCUCCUUAAUUGCCGGCCUCAAUACGUUAUGGAAAGAAUGUAACUGUUUAUAAAGCUCUGGUGACAGGUUGUCUGGACACUGAACAGCCAAUACAUUGGUAGAUGAAAAAUAAUAAUAACUGUUUGCGAUUUAAGUUCAUAAUGGUGAACCGGCGUUUGAGUUGUGUGGUUGCGAUAUCAACAGCCCCUUAUCUCUGGUAUAUCUUAGCAUGCAUCAUUUAACACUAAGUUUAAAUUGUGUGCAGUUCAAUGGACAUAUAAUGCACAAUGUCUCAGGACUGUCGGUUGGCAAUACUCAGUAUAGAAAACAGUCGGGCCGCAACCUGGACCUACAGGCCGUGGUGAAAACAUUUGCACACAGGAGACAAGGGGAGUCUCAAAUUUGAUUUAGGACUAAUUUAAUAUACCUUGAAUAUUGCACCCCAUUUGUGUAGGCUAUUAGCCAGAGUUCAACAAUAGGUGGCUGAACUUAUCCUCAAGCAAACUACUUUUUUCCUCACUGUUAGGCUAUUUGAUGUGUAAUUUUUAUAAAAAGUUUAUAAAUAACACCUAAAUCGCAGCUAAAGACGGUAUAUAUAGCUAUACAAUAGUACACUGCAUAAUGAAACAAUUCCUAGUAAACUAGUGUUUUUAGCAGGGAUAGACUAUUAUCUUUCUAUCCAAGCUGGGAGAGAGCGCGAGGAUGGCUCAUGUCAUGCAGGUCCCGGUAGCCAAUGCAGGACAGCUGUAUAUUCAAAAAAAUAAAAACAUCGGUAGCUGGUUAGUAUUCCGUUGUAUCGAAAAUUAAUUUGACUAUCUGCACUGUUUGAAUUUCCAACUUUAAUUACUGAAAAGGUAAUUACAUUGUCAGCAGUCUAAAAAUGGCAGCAUUGCGAGGCAAUGUACAUCACCGGGGCCAAGCUUCCUGCCAUCCAGGACCUCUAUACCAGGCGGUGUCAGCCAUUAGACUCCUGAACAUCUAAUCAAAUGGCUACUCAGACUAUUUGCAUUGCCCCCCCCCCCCCCUUUUAAGCUGCUGCUGCUACUCUGUUUAUUAUCUAUGCAUAGUCACUUUAAUAACUCUACCUACAUGUACAUAUUACCUCAAUUACCUCGACUCUAACCCGUGCCCCCGCACAUUGACUCGGUACCGGUACCCCCUGUAUAUAGCCUCGCUAUUGUUAUUUUUACUGCUGCUCAUUAUUUAUGUGUUACUUUUAUUUCGUAUUAUUUUAUAUUGUAUUUUUUAGUGAUUUAUUUUGGUAUUCUUUCUUAAAACUGCAUUGUUGGUUAAGGGCUUGUAAGUAAGCAUUUCACUGUAAGGUCUACACCUGUUGUAUUCGGCGCAUGUGACAAAUAAAAUUUGAUUUGAUUUGUACUGGUGUGGCUGAAAUAGCCAAAUCCACAAAUUUGAAUUGGUGUCCACAUACUUUUGUAUAUACUGUAUAGUGUAUUGUCUCAGCAUUUUCUGCCUUUGUUUUGUAAUUUCACUGGAUCACAGAUGAAGGAGAAACUGACAUCCACACCAGAGAACCUGAGCCUGAGGUGAUCGAAGCGGACACUGAACUCAUCGCAGAGAGGAGCGACAACCUGACUAUGAGCUGCAACCACGAACACAACGGGACCGUGUAUGAGGUCACUGUCGAGAAGCUAGGCCAUGGUAGCGCCAGUGGCGUGGGCAUCAUGGCGGUGUGUCGGCUGGAGAAUGGAGGUCUGUUUAGAGUAGACUACACCCACAGGGGGAUAGUGAACUGUUCAGAUAGACUGGACACCAGUCUGCAGCUCAAUGACGUGGGCGAGGAAGACGGAGGGUUGUAUAGAUGCCUCUUCAAUACGGACGCUGGGGUACAGACCACCACUGUGCUGCUGACUGUACUUAGCCCAGGUGAGAGGUCAGAGUUAAAACAUUAUCAGACUAAUUGUAACCAGCCAAGGUAAUUUCAGACAUUGAACUUAAUUACUAAUACAGUGAAAACAUGUAUUUAGUUGCACAGUAACAUUGAGACCUUGAAAGCCUGGGUAGAACAGUCCCCCUGUGAAAGCAACCUCAUAUUUCCAUGACAAUGAUCUACACUGAACAAAAAUAAAAAUGCAACAUGUAAAGUGCUGGUCCAAUGUUUUGUGAGCUGAAAUAAAAGGUACCUGAACAUUUCCAUAUGUACAAAAAUAUUAUUUCUCUAAAAUGUUGUGCACAAAUUUGUUUAUAUCCCUGUUAGUAAGCAUUUUAAACUUUGUCAAGAUAAUCCAUCCACCUGACAGGUGUGGUAUAUCAAUAAGCUGAUUAAAUACCAUAAUCAUUACACAGGUGCACCUUGUGCUGGGGACAAAAGGCCACUCUAAAAUUUGCAUUUUCUUGUUGUUGUUGUACACCCUUUUUCUCCACAAUUUUGAUCUUGUCUCAUUGCUGCAACUCCCCAACAAGAUCCUGAGGCCCAUUUGUGAGGAGCAUAAAAAAAAAAAAAUUGUAUCUGUGACCAACAGAUGCAUAUCUGUAUUCCCAGUCAUGUGAAAUCCAUAGAUUAGGGCCUAAUGAAUUUAUUUCAAUUUACUGAUUUCCUCAAAUGAACUGUAACUCAGUAAAAUCUUUGAAAUUGUUGCAUGUUGCAUUUAUAUUUUUGUUUAGUCUAGAUCAAGAUGCAACAUAGAGACAAGGUAUUAAUUAGGCUGUGUAUACACAUGCAGCUCUGCUUACAAUGACUUCAUACACACAGUGAGUCACAUAGUGACACAGGAUGUGGUGAAGGCUGUUGACGGUUUGGUACAGGUGCAAAACGGAAUUACUCUUAUUUCGUAGAUGAGUGGUGUGUUUGGGGAGAGAGGGAGGUGUUUUAAACAAGUGUUUAGCAAACCUUUUUGACCCGUGACCGACCUAAAGAGUUUGGAGUUAUCUUGUAACACACCAAGUUGACAAAAAUAACGUUUCUACCCAGUCUUUAAGACACAACGGGUAAAGGAAUUACACACGGCCCACCAGUCAGUCAGGACCUACCAUUUUGGAAACACAGGUUAACAAACAACCAUCUAACGUGCUCUUUCCUCCCUCCUCCUCUAUUUUCUCCCUCCAUUUCAGUUGAAUUCAGCCUGUCUGAGUAUCUAAUCUACAUCUACAUUGGAGGGGGAGUGUCAGGACUCCUACUGCUGCUCUCUAUCAUUGUAAUACUGGUCGUGUGGCAAAGGUACAGUAAGCGUCGACUUUCUACACUCUUUCAUCAUGCAGAGACAAUUUACAGUUAUAUUUACUCUAGUCUUAGCCUAGGUAAACUUAAAAAAUAUUCAGUGGACACAUAGAUUAAUACUUUAUUUGCAGAAGGCCCCUUUAUACCUAUUGCCCCUUUACACUGUCAAGCUUUAUUUGGAUGUGAUCUGUAUGUGAUACAUGUAAAAGUUCCACAUAUUCUUACUAGUAAAUACCUCUCACAGACCAUGCAUUAGUCAUCCCAGUUAGAGGUAAAUAGGCUACUGGAGAUAGGUACUCAUUUGUUAGAGAAUAAACUUGUUGCUGUGAAAUUCCAAUUUCCCCCAACCUUCCUUCCCUCCCUCCAUCCCUCUCCUGCACCAUAUGUCUGAAAGGCGGCCCACCGCUCACACUGACUUUUAGUCGGAGAGUGUACUUUCAUUUUGCUUUUUUAGCGAGGAGUGUAGGUCCUGUACUUCCAGUAGAGUGUGCCCUUUAGGAGUGUGUGUGUGUGUGUGUGUGUCUGUCUCUCUGACUCUCUAUCUGUAUCUCUGUCUGUCUGUCUCUCUGACCCUCUAUCUGUUUCUCUGUCUCUCUGACUCUCUCUGUCUCUCUGACUGUCUGUCUCUCUGACUCUCUCUGUCUCUCUGUCUGUCUGUCUCUCUGACUGUCUGUCUCUCUGACUCUCUCUGUCUCUCUGACUGUCUGUCUCUCUGACUCUCUCUGUCUCUCUGUCUGUCUAUCUCUCUGACUGUCUGUCUCUCUGACUCUCUCUGUCUGUCUGUCUCUCUGACUCUCUCUGUCUCUCUGUCUGUCUGUCUCUCUGACUCUCUAUUUCUUCAGAAAGAAGAAGAGAAGAGAGGAGUACAGAAUCAAACUGCAUCCAGCUGCGAGACGGGUAAAAAUAUAACAUUAUCUCUUGUCAUUUCCUAAUCAUGUGGAUGCUAAUAAAAUAGCACAAUAUCUUGUUUCCAUGUAUCAGUAAGUGCUUUUCCAUUAAUGUGGCACAUCUCUAACAUAAUUUUAAUAUAGCUCCUAAUGUCUAAUGUCUUUGUAGUCCUGCAACAACUAUGAGAACGUUCCUGUGUAUGACAGGAUGAGGAAUGGGACCAAUCAGAGAGGAGAUAGCCCAGUGUAUGCCAACAUACACACCAUACGUCCACACACUAAAAGGAAGAGAUAGGGAGCGGUACUGUGUUACAGACCCGUCUGACCUCUAUCAUGCUGUAACAGUGGCACAGCAACAGUCUCCCCAUUUGAACAUUCAUGGAUUUGAUAUUCAACCUCUUAUAGUGGUCAAAGACUGUAGGACAUAAUCAUUCAUAUAACUGCAAAGUAGGCCGGUAAACUAUGUAUCAGUCUGAUUUACACUUUGUUUGCCCUCAAUCUAUGCAUCUCUGUGUAAUCCCUUGAAACAUUGAAGGUUUGUUUAAAUAUACAUUUGCCACUAACAACAUGUAAUACAUUUUGUAUAAUAUAUUGUUGAAGGCUUUACAUGCAGAAGUAAUAUAACUACCCUAACAAACUGUAAUUCAAAGCUUUCUAAUCACCGUCCCAGCCCCAUUCAAAUCCUUAGUUGUCCCUAACUCAAUUGUGUGGCAAUGAACAAACCAAUCAUGCUGUACCAUCCCCUGGGAAUGCUGUAUUUUCCUGUUGUAGUUAUGCAGAUUGGGUCCUGUAGGUUCUUAUGGAAUGCUGUAAUGUUAUAUUAUCAUGGAAUUGCACUAAUGUUAAUUCACAAAAUGAUGAUAGUCAAUUGAAACAUACUGUACUAUUGUAUUUUUUAAAAUAUCUAAGCCAUAGAUCAAAUAUUUCUUCUCUUUCUAGCUGUAGAAUCUAGAUGAAUGCUGUGAUUAGAAAUUCUUCUGACACUGUUGGACAAAAAUGCAAUUCUAUUCCCAGCUGAGAGUAAAAUGGAGGUCUUGGGAAUGAAAGAUGUCUUGGGCUCUCAGCAAGAAGAGGAGGACGCAAAAAAUGAAAGAAUAAUGGACAAUUUACAUUCGGAAUACAGGGUUUUAGUCUUGUUCAUUUAUUAAGCCUACUUGUCUGCGUCGGUACAAUAGGUGCUGAUACUGUGUUUCUCUGUGACUUUAAUGACCCCAUUUGGACUAAAUAAAACCUACUCUACUGUGACAUGAUUUGGUCUCUUCUGGGAGUGUUUGGCCGGGAUUCAAUCAAAGGUGUGUUGUAGACAAGGGCAUUGCACUUUACUUUUAAAGGUCAUUUACGCAUGUGCCGACAUCCGCAACACUUGCCGUGAAUGCGAUCUCCGCGAAUGUCCGGAACAUUAACUUUUAAAGCAAAUUGCAAUGUGCUUCUCUACAAUGCGCUUUGAUUGAAUCCCUGCCAUAGCAACUGCAUUUAGCCCUGUUGCAUGUUGGGUAAAUCUGCACAGAAAUGUAUUGUCAUAAAAAUAAAAAAUAAAAACAUCUUUAUACAUUGCCAGCAUGUAC